CAAGUCUCUCACUUUCUGCGCUUUGAAUCGAUUCAUUCUGCUCUCGACAUAUCACUAGCACAUACGCCAUCAUGGCAUCUCUCAACCUGUCAACCAAUGGUCCCUCGAUCAAGAGGAGCUACCAAUCCAUCGUAGACGGGCCAGCGCCGUCAGCUCCCUCGUCGACUUAUGCUCAAUGGGCCGUAUACUCGGUCCAGGCUCCUCUCACAAGCGCCUUCCAGACAGACUCGAGCAAGGAGAGUGUACUGAAGGUCCAGACUACCGGAGAGGGCGAGCUGGAUGAGCUCCUCGAAGAGUUCUCGGACGGUCGCAUUCAAUUCGCCUUUGCCAAGCUCAAGGAUCCCAACUCUGGCCUGCCCAAGUCGGUCCUGAUCUCAUGGUGCGGUGAGGGUGUUCCCGAGAGGACAAAGGGCUACUUCAACACUCACCGCGCCGCUGUAUCCAAGCUGCUCCACGGCUACCACGUCGAAAUCACAGCACGCUCCGAGAGCCAUCUCAGCCCCGAAGGCAUCAUCGAGAAGGUCGCCAACGCAUCCGGCGCCAAGUACGGCGGCGGCCCUUCGACUUCCGACUCGAGUUCGCGCGCGCCUCCCCCACCUGCUGCCACCAAGCCCGUCUUUAUGCCCACGCGCACCGGCGGCUCCCUUCUCGCUUCGCGACCAAAGCCUGCAGCUCCCACAAAUACUGACAACGAUGGUUGGGGCGAGGACGCGCCUCAACUGUCGCGCAACACGCUACAAAAGGUGGAAUCCGCAUACAAGCCUACAAAGGUCAACAUGGCCGAACUCACCAGCCAGAAGCAACAGCCUUCGCGCUUCCAGCCUGCUCCGAGAGAGGAAUCCGGUAGUGACGUUGUCAAGGGCGGCUACCAACCAAUCGGCAAAGUCGACAUCAACGCCAUCCGUAGCCAGGCAAGGGAACAAAAAGAUGACAGACCCACUAUUGUCAAGGGAGCUUACGAGCCCGUUGGAAAAGUCGACAUUGCUGCCAUUCGCGCAAAGGCUCAAGGUGCUCCAUCGCCCGCUCCUACUCCCGUGAGUCAGACCCGUACCGGUGACGAUGAAGAUGAGGCACCCAAGUCUCUGGCAGACCGCUCAGCUGCUUUCAGCCAGUCUGGCCGUUUGAGUGAGAUGCCCAAGCCCAAGGUCGCCAACCGUUUCGGCUCUUCCACAAGCUCGUUCGCUGGUACCAAGGCUCCCACUCCUGUAGGCUUCGGUGUCCCGCCACCAGCUGCUUCUGCGCCCAUCGGUGCAGCCAGUAAGAACUUUGCUAGCACAGAUGGCAAGUCUCCUGCUCAACUGUGGGCCGAGAAGAAGGCUCGUGAGCGCGGUCUUAGUGGUGCAGGCGAAACCGCUCCUCCUCCACCAGCUGCUGCCGCUUCGCCUAUUCAAAAGCAAACUAGUGGUGCAUGGCAGAGUGGCUACACUGGCAAGUCUUGGGCUCCCGUCACGACCGAUCGCACCGGUACUAGCAACAUCAGCGCUCAGAAGACGGGACAGAGCGACGUCAGAUCUCCGGAGCGUGAGACUGAACCCGAGCUCCCAUCUGGUGGUGUCAGCGCUCUCAAGGACCGUUUCAAGAACGCUGCUCCUAUGGGUGCUUCCAACGUUGGUGACGAUGACUCUCCCGCACCUCCUAUGCCUCCUCCGAUGGACUUCUCUAGCAAGCCCAACGCCGGUCCUGCCAGCCGUGCAAUUCCUCCUCCUCCCCAGCGUCAAGAGGAAGAAGACGAAAGACCCGAGGAGGAACACAUCAGCCUUCCCCCUCCUCCCACUCAACACCGUAGCCCCACUCCUUCACCUCCCAGCUCUCCUAUCCGUGUCGCUAUGCCCGUUGCUCGUAGCGCACCUGUAGAACCUAUGGAGGCUCCGGAAGAGCGCUUUUCACCUCCUCCCAUGCCAACAUCAUCCCUCUCAAAUGCCGCCUCGGCUGCUGCAUCACACAUGCGCGAUGAGCCUGAAGAUGACCACGAAGAUCAUGCACGUGCUGCUGCCGAGGAAGCUUCCGCCACUACCUUCGGUGCCGACGCUGCUGCUAAUGCCAACCCUGGCGCUGGUGUCGCUGGUAAGCGCGCUCUUGUCCAAUACGACUAUGAAAAGGCCGAGGACAACGAGAUUGAGCUCCGCGAAGGCGAGUAUGUCGAGAACAUUGAGAUGGUCGACGAGGAUUGGUGGAUGGGUCAGAACUCGCAGGGCGAGACUGGUUUGUUCCCAUCAAACUAUGUCGAGAUUGUGGAGGAUGACGAUGCCGCUGCUGGAGGUGCUGCUGCCCCGCCACCUCCUGCUCCUGCUCGUGAUGAGCCUGCUGCAGCUCCCGCUCCUUCUGCCUCCGCAGCCGCUGGCGGUCAAACCGCCACUGCACAAUACGACUACGAUGCCGCAGAGGACAACGAGUUGAGCUUCCCCGACGGCGCGAAGAUCACCGAUGUGGAAUUCCCCGACGAGGACUGGUGGUUUGGACAUUACAACGGCCAACAAGGUCUUUUCCCUGCCAACUACGUCGAGCUGGACCAGUAGAUUUGCGAGCGCGUGUUGUUGUCACCGUCGCGUACUAUUACGAGAAGACGGUCGUCGGUAUGGUAGACAUAAGCGCUGCGAAGUAUCUUCUUCUUUGUCUUGCAAAAAAAAGAAAUACGACAGAUUUUUUUUCCCAUCC